AUUUGUAUAUGAAUUAAAUAGUGUAAGCGAAACCAAAAUUUUAUGCAGACUUCAAUAAGAAUCAGCCAAAAGAGUAUUGGGAUUAUGAUAAUUUUGAGAAUGAAUGGGGUGUAGGAAUAUUUUUAAUUUUAGGAUAAUGAUAAAUAUGAGAUAGCCAGAAAAAUUGGAAGAGGGAAAUAUUCUGAUGUUUAUGAGGGGAUUAGAUAUCCGUAAAAUUAGAGAGUGGUAAUAAAAGUGUUGAAGCCAGUAAAGAAAAGAAAAAUAAAAAGAGAGACAAAAAUUCUUCUUUCAUUAAAAGGCCAUCCUAAUAUAAUAGAAUUGAGUGAUAUUGUAAGAGAUCCAGCAUCAAAAACACCUUGUUUAGUUUUUGAUUACAUAGAUCAUGUUGAUUUCAGAAGCAUUUUUCCAAAGCUAACAGACAUAGAGAUUCGAUUUUAUAUAUAUGAAUUAAUGAAAGCAUUAGACUUUUGUCAUUCAAGAGGAAUUAUGCAUCGAGAUGUGAAGCCUUAAAAUAUUAUAGUGAAUCCAUAAAAAAAGUUAUUGAAAUUAUUAGAUUUUGGUUUAGCAGAAUAUUAUCAUUUGGGUUAAGAUUAUAAUGUUCGAGUGGCAUCGAGAUAUUUUAAAGGUCCAGAAUUAUUGGUUGAUAAUCUUUAUUACGAUUAUUCAUUGGAUAUUUGGAGUAGUGGAGCAAUGCUGGCAUCAAUGGUUUAUAUUAUAUGAAAUUAUGUUUGUAGAUUUUCAAAAAAGAGCCAUUCUUUCAGGGUAAUGAUAAUUAUGAUUAAUUGAUCGUCAUAGCAAAAGUAUUAGGAACAGAAGAUUUAUUAGCUUAUGUUAAAAAGUACAAAUUGAAAUUAGAUUCAAUUUUCGAUAAUAAAUUAGGGAAGUAAGAAUUAAAUAAAAAGUUUUAGUUAUCCAAAAAAAGAAUGGUCAAAGUUUAUCAAUCAAGAGAAUAAACAUUUGUGUUCAGAAGAAGCUAUUGAUAUAUUAUCAAGAAUGUUAGUGUAUGAUCAUGUACUAUAAAUAUAUUAUAAGUAGGCAUUAAGGAUAACUCCUAAAGAAGCUUUAGAUCAUCCAUAUUUCUUGCCAGUUAGAGAUUAGAAGAAAUGA